AUGGCGGCUCUCCUGCAUGGGGAGGCGCCGCCGUUCGUUCGGCCGUCGAAGACGUUCGCCUCCCUGCUCUCUCAAGCUCCUUCUUCUUCGUCCUCUGGUAUUGGCCAUCUCAGUACAUACAAGGGGGAGCCAUCGUUGGUCAUCUCCCGUCAAGAUAUGAUGCAGAUUGCGGCGCCUUACUCUAACGCGCUAGUCGGCAGGUUUGCCAUAGGUCGUCCGUCCAUUGAGCUUAUUCGCAAAUUUAUUGUUUCGUUGGGGCUGAGGGGUGAGUGCCCGAUUGGUUUAUUAGAUUCCAAGCACAUUCUGUUACGUCCAUCCGAGGAGGAAGAUUACACCAGACUUUGGUGUCGCAGGUCUUGGUACGUUGGCAAGUUUCAUAUGUCCCUGUCGAAAUGGACAAUUGAUUUUAAACCAGGAGUAGAGUCAUCAAUUGCACCAGUUUGGGUCAAUUUUCCGGGUCUUCCAUUGCCGUUUUUUGAAAAGCAAUUUUUGCUUAAGCUAGGUACCUUGCUUGGUCGUCCCUUGAAAGUGGAUGAAGCUACGGCUUCACUGAAGCGUCCAUCUGUUGCCCGUAUAUUGUUGGAGAUCGAUGUAUUGCAGUCUCCUAAAUCCAGGAUUUGGAUUGGAGAUGAUCAGUGGGGUUUUUGGCAGAAAAUUGAGUACAAAGGUUAUCCCGCUUAUUGUGGUUUUUGCUCGUUGAUUGGUCAUACAGAAUCUGUCUGUCAUCGCAAACAUCCGGAAUUGCGGCCGGUGCGUCGUUCUGGACCAUCAGCUACGCCACACGUCAGACAAGUUUUUCAACCUAAGGGGGUACCUGCUGUUGAGGAAUCUCCUCCUGUUGUGGAUCCUGGGCUUGUGGUAGCCAUGGGGGUAAAAGAGCCUGAAACUGGUAUUUGUGCGACGGAUGUUGUCAUCCCUGAGAUUCCACCACCAUCUGAUAACCCUGUUAGGGGAAAUUCUUCUCCAGCUAGUGUUCCUAUUCUUGUUCUCUCUAAUGCAUCUCGGGGGGCUGAGGCGGAUGCGCAGAAUUUUCUCACUCUUGUUCCCCAGGAAUCUUCUUCUCCGGCUAAGGCUUUAUCGGACAAUAUCCUCUCUUCUAAUGGGGAUGACCGUCUGUUGGCGUUGAGUUCGAGGGUUGGUAGAGAGAGGAAGAGAGAGAUUUCCUCUUCUCUCUCUCCUACACGGCAUCACGGUCAUGUUCGACUGGUGCGGGCUAAUUCUGAAGGCCGGUCGGGGGUGACAGGGGACUACAACGUUGUUUCUUGCGCGGAGGAAAGGAUUGGAGGAUCUGCUCCCAAUAUUCGUGAUUUGGAGGAAUUCAACUCUGCUUUACAUCGGAGUGGGCUAUUCCCAGUUCAAUUCGAUGGGUCUGCGUACACAUGGACCAAUGGUCGCAUGUGGCAGCGUCUCGAUCGAGCGGUCGUUAAUGGCGUUUGGCUGUCUGAUGUAGAGAUGACUCGAGUAGCUCAUCUUCAACGAGGGCGGUCUGAUCAUUGUCCGUUGUUGAUCAGGGGAGGAAGUACGUCAACUAGGCGCUCUUCAUUCCGGUUUCUUAAUGUCUGGCAAGGUCAUUCCAGUUUUCAAACAACAGUGAAGUCUGCGUGGGCUCAGACUGUGUCUGGAGUGGGAAUGCAGAAAUUCUUUAAUAAGUUGCAGGUGGUUAAACGAGUUUUAUCUCGAUGGAAUGGGCGGGUCUUUGGGAAUGUCUCUCAAAGGGUCCAAGUGGCAGCGGAUAAUUUAUUGGCCAAGGAAAUUUUGUAUGACCAGAAUAGAGAUACGCUGUCGAGGAUGGCAGUCCACGAGGCAAGGGCAGUUCAUUCUCGGGAGCUUGCGUUGGAAUGUGAAUUCUGGAGACAAAAGGCAGCGAUCAAGUGGAUCAAAGAGGGCGACGCUAAUACAUCCUUUUUCCAUGCAGCAGUUAAGCAGAAACGCAGCUCUAAUUUUAUUUCACGCAUUAGGGGUAACGGGGAUUGUUGGUUUGAUAGUAUUGAUGAUAUUAAGCUGUCGGCGGGUGAUUUUUUCUCCUCUUUGUUCACGGCCGACCGCGCUGCUUGUUCUGGCAGCAGACCGUCUAUUGAUCUGCCCAAGCUUACGCAGGAAGACAAUGACAUGCUGCUGAAAUCACCAUCGGUAGAAGAAGUUCAUAAGGUAAUUUGCUCCCUGGACCCUCAGAGUGCUGCGGGCCCUGACGGGUUUGGAGGGGGCUUUUAUCAAAGUUGCUGGGAGUGUAUCAAGGAUGACUUCAUGGAUGCGGUGAAGGAUUUCUUCGCUGGUGCAACAAUGCCUCGUGGGUUUUCAAGUACCACGAUCACAUUGCUGCCUAAAAAGGAGGGUGCGUGUGAGUGGAAAGAUUUCCGACCAAUAAGCUUAUCCAAUGUUAGCUCGAAGAUCAUUUCUAAGAUUUUGUCGACCCGCAUUAAUCAGUUUCUUCCUAAGUUGAUUUUAGAGUUUCAGACUGGCUUUAUACCGGGUAGGGGAAUACAGGAUAAUGUUCUCCUCGCACAGGAAUUAAUCCUGGAUUUGGACAAGAAAUUGCGUCACCCUAACGUAAUAUUGAAAUUGGAUAUGGAGAAGGCUUAUGACAGGGUGGAAUGGGGGUUUUUAUUAUACAUGCUUCGUGAAUUCGGCUUUAAGGAGGGUGUGGUAGAUCUGAUUUUUCGUUUAAUAUCCAAUGUGUGGUUUUCUGUGUUGGUAAAUGGGGAGCUCACGAGUUUUUUCAGGUCGACUAGAGGGGUUCGUCAGGGGGAUCCUCUAUCUUCCACUCUUUUCCUUUUUGUAUCUGAAUUUCUUGGCCGGGGCCUCCAGCAGCUGUUUACAAACACCCCGGGUUUUAGAUUUUUGUCUAAGGGAGGGCUGGUCUCGUUCCUUGCGUUUGCCGAUGACAUGGUUAUUUUUACGCGGGCAUCGUCUGAAUGUCUGCUGGCUGUGUCGUCCCUUUUUCGACAAUAUGAAAUUCUUUCUGGCCAAAAAAUUAAUCUCUCCAAGAGUCGUUUCCUUUAUUCGUCGAAGCUUCCUUCGGAGAUUAUCACCUUAAUUCAGCAAGUUACGGGAUUUCAAGAGCAGUCUUGGCCUGUGAAAUAUUUGGGAGUUCCACUUAUUCGUGGUCGUAAGAAAAGUAUCUUUUUUGAUGGAGUUUUUGCUUCUGUUCGAGCAAAGCUGCAUCAUUGGAGCUCCCGAUUUCUUUCUGCGGGGGGGAAGCUCAUCUUGCUUCGUCAUGUGUUGAACUCAAUGCCUCUCUAUCUGUUGCAGGUUUCUAAACCACCUAAGGGGGUUUUUCUUAGGUUAGGCAGGCUGUUUAAUGCGUUCUUGUGGGAUGGCAAGGAUGGUAGACGGAUUCAUUGGUCGUCCUGGGAGAAAUUAUGUUUCCCUGUUGAAGAAGGGGGGUUGGGUUUUCGAUCUCUGUUGGACUUAGAGAAGGCUUUUGCAAUGAAAUUAUGGUGGAGAAUUCGACAAAAGAGUUCUCCGUGGGCAAUCUUUAUGCAUCGCAAGUAUAUUGGCGGUCAGCAUCCUUUCUUGGCAGCGGCUGGCGUUGGGUCGGCAACAUGGAAGCGGGUCUGCUCGGUUCGGGCUAUAGCUGAAGAUAAUAUUCGUUGGCGUCUUGGCGAGGGGUUCAUCGAUUUGUGGCAUGAUCGAUGGUUCCUCGAUGAACCGCUUAGCAGGCAGUUUGAUGGGGCGCCUCCUCAUUGCUUAGUAGCUGAGUUUUAUAGCUCUACGGGGUGGAAUUUUCAACGGCUCCUCCAGGUUCUUCCUCGAUCUGUUGUUAAUAAUAUUUCACGAAUAAUUGUUGAUCCGGCUCUUAAGGACGAAUUGGUUUGGGCUCCUUCGGCUGAUGGUACGUUCACUGUGUCAUCAGCCUGGGAGUUAAUUAGACAGCGGCGUAACCUGUCCUUGGUUUGGCGUGGAAUUUGGUGUAGGGUUUUGGCUGAAUUUCUUCCUCUGGACGACCAGCUCCGUUCUAGAGGAUUUUCUUUGGUUUCCAAAUGCGACUGUUGUGGUGAUUCAGCGGAGUCCUUGCAUCAUAUUUUUUUGCAGGGCAGAUUAGCAAGCGCAGUUUGGCAGCAUUUCUUCCUGGCUUGCGGAAUCCCGUGGGGAUCAUUCUCAUGCGUUUCUUCGCUGCUGGUGGUGUGGUUUCAAUCUUCUGGGAAUGGGCGGCUGAAUCAUGUUCGGUGUGCUAUACCAGUUGUAGUGCUGUGGUUUAUGUGGCGUAGCAGGAAUGAUGCUCGGUUUGGAAAUAUUCCCUCGGCCUAUUCUAAAGUUAUCUUCGAUGUCAAUGGGUGGUUGGUUGCUACGGGGGCUGCACGCAUGUUGAACAGAUUUCAGUUGGAGGGGGAUACGGAUACGUAUUUUGCUCCGUACUUUCGGAUCAAACCGGGUAAAUCAUUACGGCCGAAGGCUAUAUCAUGGAUGAAGCCUCCUCGGGGGUCAAUCAAGCUGAACACCGACGCAAGUGUGACUAAUGGGUUGGCAAAAGGCGGUGGAGUGAUACGAGAUUUUGAAGGGAAGAUGCUUGGUGCUUUUUAUAAAGAGUUUGGAGAAUGUGAAGUGGUUCAUGCGGAGGGAUUAGCUUUGUUGACUGGGCUACAGUGGUGUGUUGAGACAGGGUUGUCAGGUAUUUUAGUGGAAGUGGAUUCUCUAGCAUUGGCACGGCUGGUUACUAGUCAAUCGGUUGGUAAGUGGCCGUUGUGUAGCGUCUUAAGUCAAAUUCGUCUGUUGCUCGGUAAGGUGAAUGGGGCCAUUUCGCAUAUUUAUCGUGAGGCGAAUGCCGUGGCAGACAGCUUAGCGGCGUUAUCUCUGGAGAGUUCAUGGGUUACUUUCCAAUCUCAUCAGCAGCUGCCAAGUAGAGCUCGGUCAUUGAUUCAUUUGGAUGCAAUAGGAUUGGGCAGGUGGCAAGCUGGUGGUCUGCACUUCCGCAACGCGGACAUUUUCCAUCUUUCUUCCAGCAGUUGUCCUCAGAAUGAUUUUGCUUUCCGCAGUACCCACAAGGUCCACGGGACGCCGAACCUGAACCCCUCUGGAAAUUUCCUACCUGGCUUCUCCCAGCUGAGCCACCCCUGGACGGAACCCCUCUGCCUUCUCCCGACUGUCAUCCACCUCCGGCUUCCCGUCCGAACUUGGGAGGGGUACCCUUAUCCCCCUGCCCUGAACAACUUCCAGGAAAGCCGCGCUUCUUUGCCUGAAAGUUUCGUACUUGUAGCCUAG